AUGCGCAGGUGGCCGGCUCAGCGCUCAGAUCAACGUCAAGAAGAGAUUUUUGAGUUGUCUGCGAAUGAGUUGACAACUGCUACAUUGACUUUAGAUCCCCCAAAUCACCACAACCAACACUUGAGUACACCCGACUGCCAGUCUACGGAGACAAUUCAACCUCAAACUCAGACUCCGACUGUAACACCAGCAGAAAAUACACCUCCGCAUCCUGGAUCCUCCGCCAUCAUGGCUUUGCUCACCCCCGGGCCAAUCGUCUCACACGUGCUCAUGGUCCUCGUGGCCAUGUUGAACAUCUGCAUUCUUUCUUAUGAUGCUGGGAUGAUCAACAACUUGAACUCGGUUAAGCCAUACCAAGACUACUUCAAGUUGAAUAGCGAUAUGAUUGGAUUGAAUGUUGCCAUCAUUAGUGCCGGUUCGAUCUUCGGUGCCCCGAUAGUGGGUCCCGUCGUUGAUCGUUGGGGACGGAAGACCGGCCUCGCCGUUGGCUCCAUCUGUAUCAUUCUCGGAGUUGUACUUCAAGCUUCGGCCUCGAAGGGUGAGAGCUCUUGCGGAAACGUUUUGCAAGUACGACUACUCACCAGCAACGCAGUUCCACAGCUCAUCGUCGGCCGCUUCAUUAUCGGAUUUGCCUCCCUCAUUAAUGGUUCCAUUGCUCCCAUGUGGGUUAUGGAGGUGGCGGCGCCCAAGUAUAGCUCAAUUCUUUCAAGCACCGUCUUGACAUCCGUACCUUUCACGUCGUUCUUGGUCAGUUGCAUUGUCCUGGGCAUCUACGACAAGCAGUCCGACUGGGCAUGGAGAGGACUUAUGCUUGGAGAAGCAGUGCCUUCUAUCAUCUCCCUGUCUCUCUUACCAUUCGUCGACGAAAGCCCACGCUGGUUGUUCUCAAAGGGCCGCCAUGACGAGGCAAUAGGGGUGCUCGCUCGAUUACAUGCGAACGGAAACCGGGAAGAUGCUUUGGUACUUUCAGAAACACAAGAAAUUGUCGCGGCUUUGAACCACGAGAAGGAGAGCAAUGGAGGGUGGAAAGAUCUCAUUGCGCCAUCGCUGACGAAAUCUUCUAGAUACUUCUCGUCAUUCUUGAUUGGAAAACUAGGAGUUUCUGAGCGGAAGUCUGUAAUCCAGAUCAACAUCGGUUUGCUGCUGUGGAAGGCCUUUUGCAGCGUGGGCGGUGUCCUCAUCAUCGACAAGAUAGGAGCUCGCAAGCCAUUGAUUACCGGAACUUCCGCCACAGUUGUUCUGUUUGGAAUUCUGGCCGGCCUGUCUUACCUGACCGAGGUCCAUCCCGAGACAAAUGCGUAUGCCAUCGGUGCGAUUGUCGUUGUUGCCCUGUUCCUACUUGCAGUUGCGGCAAGCUGGAGCAUCUUGGCCUACACUUACCCUCCUGAGGUGCUGCGAUACUCUCAGCGCGCUAAAGGGGUCGUAGUUGCCCAAGCAAUCGGGUAUGCAUUCAGCUUCCUCAACCUUUACACCACUCCUCUUGCUAUCGAAAGAAUCUCUUGGAGAUACUAUGCCAUCAACGGUGGUUGGAAUCUUGGAAUACUAUUUGUCGUUACUUGGCUGUUCGUCGAAACCAAGGGCAGAACCUUGGAGGAGAUGGAUGAAAUCUUUGACGGGGUUGUCUACUCGAACAAUGUCAUCAUUGAUGGCCAGAAUUCUAAGAGUGAUUUGGGGAAGGACGUCGGUGAUAGUAGCAGUGUGGCCAAGAGGAAGCUUAGCAAGGUCAGCACCCGGGAGUAA